ACGGCGUCGAGCAAGGUUUCUCGGAUUGCCGCAAAAACCGCUUGUCAGGGAGCGAGGAUCCUGCGCCGGCGCUUCGCUGUCUGCCAUGGCAGGGCAGGCACAGGUCCCAGUGACCUUCGAGGACGUGGCUGUCUACCUGAGCCGUGCCGAGUGGGAGGCCAUCACCGAGGAGCAGCAGGAGCUCUACCGCAGCGUCAUGCUGGACGUCUAUGAGCUCCUGACAUCUCUGGGCAUCCAAGCAGAGCCCAUGGUAAGAAUUGAGGACAAGGCAUUUGGUGGUCACCAGCCUGGCUCCCAGGAGGAGGUGUCCCAGCAGCCCACUGACUGUGAUGCUGUUCCUGAUGUCACUGUGAAGGUGAAACCAAAAGAGGUGUCAUAUAUUGGAUUGGGGGACCCAGAAGUUCCUGACCACAGUGCUGGAGCAGAUGACAAGUGGAGGCCCAAGGAGAAGGUGACACCAGUGGUGAAGGACAUGACAGCAGCAACAGCAGAGCUGGGGGAGAGCCAGGGGACUUCAUCCUCUGAUCCACAGGGGAUAUGCCUGGAGAAGGUGACUGCUUCAGUGUGCAGCACUGGGCUGAUUGCUCCCUCAGCUUGUGGGGUGGGCCUUGCCCACAACAAUGUGGCUGAAGGUCCCUUCAUCUGCAGUAAGUGUGGGAAGAGCUUCAGCAUGAACUCCUAUCUAAUGUGGGGUGAUCAGACCCGCACCGGUGAGAAGCCCUUUGCCUGCCCUGAAUGUAGCAAUAACUUCCACAAGAAAAGCAGCUUGGUUUCCCACCAGGACAUCCACAGUGGUGCAAAGCCCUUUGCCUGCUCUGAGUGUGGGAAGAGCUUCUGCUCCAAAAGCAGCCUGGUCUCCCACCAGCGCCGUCACACUGGCGAGAAGCCCUUCGCCUGCUCUGAGUGUGGGAGGAGUUUCUUCUACAAAAGCGGCCUGAUCUCCCACGAACGCAUCCACACUGGCGAGAAGCCCUUUGCCUGCUCUGAGUGUGGCAGCAGAUUCUGCUACAAAAGCAGCCUGGUCACCCACCAGCGCCUCCACGGUGGCGAGAAGCCCUUUGCCUGCUCUGAGUGUGGCAGCAGAUACUGCUACAAAAGCAGCCUGGUCAUCCACCAGCGCCUCCACACUGGCGAGAAGCCCUUUGCCUGCUCUGAGUGUGGCAAGAGAUUCAUCCAGAGAAGCAACCUGGUCUCUCACCAGCGCAUCCACACUGGCGAGAAGCCCUUUGCCUGCUCUGAGUGUGGCAGGAGCUGUGACCAGAAUAACAAACUGGUUGCCCACCAGUGCCUCCGUGCUGGCAAGAAGCCCUUUGCCUGUGAUGUGUGUGGCAAGAGCUACACUGAGAAAAGCAGCCUGGGCUCCCACCAGCGCAUCCACACUAAUGAGAAGACCUUUGUCUGCACUGAGUGUGGCAAGAUCUUCAGCCGCAGCGACAAACUGAUCAUCCAUCAGCGCACCCACACUGGAGAGAAGCCCUUUGCCUGCAGUAAGUGUGGCAAGACCUUCAGCCGCAGCGACCAUCUGCUCGCCCACGAGCGCAUCCACACCGGAGAGAAGCCCUUUGCCUGCACUGAGUGUGGCAAAAGGUUCAACCGCAACGACACCCUGGUCACCCACCAGCGCCUCCACACUGGCGAGAAGCCCUUUGUCUGUGCCGAGUGUGGCAGGAGCUUCCAGCAGAGGGCUGACUUGAUUCGGCACCGGAACAGCCACACUGGCAAGAAACCCUUUGCCUGUCCUGACUGCGGCAAGAGAUUCGACCGCAUCGACCGCAUGUUCACCCACCAGCUCACCCACACUGCUGAGAAGGCCUUCACCUGCCCCGAGUGCGGCAAGGGCUUCAACCGCGUGGACCGCUUGUUCAAGCAUCGGCGCACCCACGUCGCGGAGUGAGACUCUGCCUGCCCCCCAGCUUUGGCCUGAACCCAGCGCCUCACCCAUGCAGUGGAGUGGCUCUGCCGUGCCCUGAGCACAGCAAGGUCUUCUCCCACCAGGAGUGGUGCUGUGCUUAUGCCAUGCACGGCAAGGAGAGGGUCCUGUCUGGUUGUGAGUAGCCUUGUGAUUAACAAGAUUAUAUCUAAGCAAAGCUAAGAUCUUCUCUGCCUAUCAAGACUGCAGCUGCGCUGGAAAGGGGGAUGGUGAAAAGACCCCUGGAAUAUGCACCUUCUGGCACGAUAAGGCCAGGGAUAUGUAGAGGUGUGUGAACAGGUAGGAGGCAAAGGAGGGGGCAGAGGCCCAUCCCUGCAAGCAAACAGGAAUAUGCAUUAAAGCCUCGUGGAGGCAACAUCUGUACACAUCAGGGUGAGAGGCCAGGAGGAAACUGCGAUUAAAGAAGUGAAUAAAAGCCCCGAGCUAUACCAACUUAUGGAGCCAUCUCAAGUUGGAGGCAGCAGCCCAGGACUUCUCUCCCUGCUCCCUCACCAAAGAGGGACAUGCUGGAGCCUUCUCUGAGGAGGAAACACAUCGAGGGAGGACGUGAUCCUGGGAUGUCUCCCCCUCCUCCUCUUGUGUGGAGGCACCACACCCUCAGACAACACAAACUGGGAAGGUGGGCUCUGGGACCUUUCUUGCUUUUUGCCUUUUCUCCCUUCCUCUGCUUUGUUCACUUUAUCCUUUAAUAAAUAUCCUCACUUAGUA